GAGCUACAGCACAUCAUGGCUGUAUAAAAGAGGCCGGCAGGACAAAGCUGUGAGGACACAAAGAACCGUUAACUACACGAGGACCAACCAGCGUAAAGGAGAGACGACAUCAGAUUAUUACAGUCUGCAUAGAUGGAGACCAUGAAGAGUGCUAGGAAAAAUGAUACAGGGGACGUUGGCAGUGAUUUAUCAGACCAGAUUAAAGCAGCCACUAAGGACAUUCACGUCCGAGCUGAAAACACACAGCUGAUGCUGAGUUACCAGAAGGGACAGAUCACCCUGCCGCAGUACAAGGUCCUGUUGUGUUCCCUCUACGAGAUCUACAAAGUGCUCGAAGAGGAGCUGGACAGACAUUCUUCCCAUCCAGCUGUUGCACCGAUAUACUUCCCUCAGGAACUUGCCCGUCUUGAAAUGCUCGAAAGAGAUCUGGAGCAUUUUUUUGGCUCGGAUUGGAGGAAGAGGGUGAUCGUUCCUGCAGCCACACACAGAUAUGAACAGAGACUCCGACAGAUUGGCAAAGAGAGCCCAGAGCUGUUGGUGGCCCACGCCUACACUCGUUAUCUUGGUGACCUAUCGGGAGGUCAGGUGCUGGGGAAAAUUACCCAGAAAUCUCUCGGGCUGAGCGUCAACGAGGGGCUUUCCUUCUUCUCCUUCCCCGGUGUGACCAGCCCCAACCGCUUCAAGCAGCUGUACAGGAGCCGGAUGAACAGCAUCGAGCUGACAGAGGAGGAGAGGGCGGCGGUCCUGGAGGAGGCCGUCGCCGCCUUCGAGUUCAACAUCCAGGUUUUUGAUGACUUGCAGAAAAUGUUGAGUGUCACAACGGAAACAGCGGACCAAUCAGAGGGCAACGUUGUCAAAACUGCCAUGUUCCUGUCGUCACCCAUCAUCGUGGGUUUGUGUGUGGCACUGACCACUAUUGGGAUGGGAAUCUAUGCCAUGUAGACUUAAAGGUGCAGUAGGCAGAAUGUUUUUUUGCAUCAUUGGGCAAAAAUCUCAUAAUAUAACCUUUCAGCAUAUUGUAAUUCAAGUGUUCUGAGAGAAAACUAGACUUCUGGACCUCCUCAUGGAUC